UUGUCCUGUAUAUUAUUUUUUUAAUCAAAAUAAUACAUUAAAAUUAACUUUAUAAGAGUUUUCCACAAAAGCGCUCAGGCACGACACGCACGCAUGUCGUGACGUCACGCGGGUCCUGUCUGUGACGUCGCAUUUGGGUAAAUCAAGUUAGUUAUGAAGCUAGCGGUCGCGCUCAUUCAUUAAACAAGAGUUUCCGUUAAAUUAAACCGGCCUGGGUUGCGGGUGACCUGUGGGCACGUGUGGACCUCUAUCCGGAUCCACACCGACCGUGUAGGAACGAUCUAACCCGGGAUAGAUCUGAUAUUUAGCUCUGUUAGCCUCCCGGUACCUGGGAUUAGCUAACUCAGCUGGCUAACAAAGCUAAUAACAACAACAUUGGUGUGGAGCUGUCAGUUAGCAGGUGAACAUGGCGGAGUCCAGCGGGCUGAUCGAGGUCACGGUGAAGACUCUGGACUCUCAGAGCCGGAGCUACAGAGUGUCAGGAGAGCUCACAGUGAAGCAGUUUAAGGAGCACAUAGCUGCAUCAGUGGAGAUCCCUGUGGACAAACAGAGGCUCAUCUAUCAGGGCCGAGUGCUGCAGGAUGAACGCACUCUCACCGAGUACAAUGUUGACGGGAAGGUGAUCCACCUGGUGGAGCGGGCCCCCCCUCAGGCAUCCAUGACCGGUUCAGGGGGGGCAGGUGUUUCCUCCGGGGGAGAAGAGGGUGGAGUCAGCAUGAGCAGCCACGCCUCCACCUCCUCGCAGCAUGCACCACAUGACCGCAACGGCAACAGCUACGUCACUAACCUGCCCGUUAACAUCAUGGACCCCCAGCAGCUACAGAUGUCGAUGCAGCAGAUGAUGUCAGGAGUCGGUGAAGCUGGAAGGAACACCCGAGUCAGCAGCAGCUCCGGGAGUAACGGCUCAGUGGACGUGCAGAUUAACGUGGACCCGGCGGUGCAGAGUGAGUCCAGGGUGAGGCUGCAGCUGGCUGAGAACCUGCUGAGAGAUGCCUGCUCCCUGAUCCACAGGCUGGAGGGAGUUUCCGGUGAUUCACAGCCAGGCGUCCCUCCGUCCUCUUCCUCACCGCCUCCAUCCUCCUCCUCUUCCUCUCCUGAUGGAGGAGCUGCAGCCGCACAGCCCACGGACACCAGCUCUGCUCCUUCCUCCUCCACCUCCACGCAGACUGAGGGAGCAGCAGGCGGCAGCAGCAGGGGGUCCAGCCACCCGAGCCCUGCAGAGUUUGUGGAGGUGCUGUCAGAGGUGAGGAGGGUGGAGGAGCGGUUACGGCCCUUCAUAGAGAGAACACACUCCAUCCUGGGAGCAGCAACAUCUGCAGACUACAACAACAACACUCAGGAGAGGGAGGAGGAUCAGCGCGUGCUCAACCUGGUUGCCGAUGCCCUGCGUCUCCUUGGCAACACCUUGGUCGUCCUGGGCGACCUGCGCUGCAACCUGGCGAGCUCUCCUCCUCGCCACCUGUACGUGAUCCGACCGAUCACCCACUACUCCCCGCCGGUGCUGGUCCAGACUGGUCUACCUCACGUCCCCCUCCCAAUCAAUUUGGGUACGACCGUCACCAUGACGUCCAAUGGCAGACAGGCAGCUGAAGGACCGUCUUCCCACGCUGCUGGCCAAUCAGAUCAGCAGGCUGCAGGCCAGGCCGCGCCUCCUCCGUCUAAUGUGACCAAUCCUCAAGCAGGAGCUGGAGGACCCCGAGUGAUCCGGAUCACCCACCAGACCAUGGAGCCUGUGGUGAUGAUGCAGAUGAACAUCGACGGUGAGUCAGCUGCUUCCUCUCAGGCUGCAGGUCAGACUCAUGCUGCAGGUACAGGACAGACAGGUCUCCCCCCUGAGUUCAUGCAGGCCAUCGUGCAUCAGAUCUCCCAGCAGGCAGCUGUCAUGGCUGCUGCAGCCUCGGGGGGAGCCCCCCAACAGGUCACACCUGGAUCGGCACCCAGCACUGAGGGCAUCAACCCGUCACAGCUCCCCCACCCAGCCCAGGCCAGGGUGGUCAUCACCAGACCCUCCUUCUCCCCCCAUCUCCCCCCACCUGUUGGAACCAGAGGAGCCACAAUCAACCUGAGAGCCACAGUGCCCCCUGCUGGCCUGCAGCACGGACAGGCUCCUCCUCUUCCUCCCUCCUCCCUCACUCAGAUGAUCAGUGGUCUGGUGGGACAUCUGCUGACACCGGGUCACACAGGUGACCACAUGCCCUCCUCCUCUGACUCCUCCACGUCUCCUAACACCUCCUCUCAGACCUCCACACACACCACCAGCACCACCUCCACCGCGCAGCCAGCAGAGGCCUCUGCUGAGGGGAACCUGGCCCAGCUCCUGGGCUCUCUGCUGGGGGGGUCGGCAGGAGGAGGAGGGGGGGUCCCAGGGUCAGGACAGGCCCCCUCCAUCACUGUGACUCUGCCAGGGGGACCGGGCUUCUUCCAGGGUCUGUUGGACUACAACCAGCCAUCUGUCAGUGCUCCCGGAGCCCCGCCCCCUUCUCAGCCUGUUGGCCCCGACCCCACUCAGCCUGCCAGCGGUUCGGAGUCUCUGAGCCCCGAGCUGUUCACGGGCAUCGUGCAGGGCGUCCUGUCCACCAUGAUGAGCUCUCUGGGAGCUCAGCAGGGGAGCGGAGAGAGCAUCGCCCAGUUCAUCCAGAGACUGUCCCAGACCAGCAACCUGUUCACCCCGGGCUCCGGGGACGCCGUGGGGUUCUUCGGGGACCUGCUGUCUCUGGUGUGUCAGCGGUUCUCCAUGGUGGACAUGGUUCUGCUGCUGCACGGGAACGCUCAGCCUCUGACCCGCAUCCAACCCGAGCUCAGAGACUUCUUCACCGAGCACUACCUGCAGGGCCGAGAGCCCGCGCAGAGCAACAUUAAUGCAGCAGCCGAGGAGCUCAUUAACGGCCUGGAGGAAUACAUCACUGACAGCUUUUCCUCAGUUACAGUCAGAGAGGGGGUGGACAUCGUGCAGACCAACCUGUCGUUCCUCAGACUGAAGUUCACUCAGAUGGCGUCUCACAUCCUGCACUGCUCAGAUCACACAUUCGGGCCCCGCCUCCUGCUGCUGUGCACUCAGGGUCUGUUUGAGUGUUUGGCUCUGAACCUGUUCUGCCUGAGAGGAGAGCAGAGAGCGCUGACUGCUGUCAUCAACCACCGCAUCAGGAGGAUGUCUGCAGAGGUGAAUCCCAGUUUGGUGAACUGGCUCACCAGUAUGAUGUCUAUGAGGCUUCAUGUGAUUCUGGAUCACAACCCGGUCACUGAGGACCAGAUCCAGCACUACGUGAUCUACACACAGGUGAACCAGAGGACUGAGGCGGAGGUGGGCCCCCCCUCACAGAGUCUGAAUGUGGAGAUGGAGGAGAGUGUGUCCCCCUCAGAGGACGGCGGAGAGAGAGAAGCACUUUCAUCAGACCCUCAGCGUCAUGAAGGGGCCGUCCCAGCGCAGGAGGGGGAGGAGGAGAGGGAGGUGGUGGAGACAUGGGCAGCAGCGGUCCCACCUGAGUGGGUUCCCAUCAUCAGACAUGACAUGCUGUCUCAGAGGAAGAUCAAAGCCCAGCCCCCCCUCUCUGACGCCUACCUGCAUGGCAUGCCGGCCAAGAGGAGGAAGACGAGUCAGAGUGACGGCCCUCAGCUGUCUCUGUCGGACGCUGUGAGCCGAGCUGCUCGAGCUGCCGGAGCGCUUCCUGUCACCCCCCCACACAGCCUGCAGGGGGAGCUGGAGAGCCCUGAGCUGCAGGAAGAGUACACCCAACAGGUGAGGAGUGACAUCAGUGAGCGAGUUAGAGAUGAUCCGGACUACAACUCCCAGAGGUUCCCGAACACACAAAGAGCUUUCUCUAUCGAGGACUCGUAGUCCUCCACACACCUGAUCCGCAGACCUGACGCAGAGAGGAACAAGUCCAAGAUCUGAACUCUACUAAUAAUCCCAACCUGCAGACUGCGGACCCCUCUGGAUCAUCCCUCGGCUCCUAGACUCUGACAACGGUCUCUGUGAUGAUUCAGAGAAAUAAUCUCUGAGAAUAAAAAAGCAGCAGCAGAGGAUGAUAAAUUGAAUCUGAGGGUCUGAUCCUCAGCCGGCCUGAAGAAGUCUGAUCCUCCUCAGAUCCAGAAUCGUCAGAGGACCAGGUCCACAGUGAGGACUGAAGCAGACCCAGUCACAAAACUGUGAGAAUAAAAUAUAUUAAAUCAUCGGAGAAUAAAAAAAACAGAUCAUCGAGUCGUAACAAAACCAGAACAAAUGUUGUAAAUAAGUCUCAAAACAUGAUGAGAAUCAACGUUAAGAGAAGUCAUUUUACUGUGACGGUAAAUUUAUGUUGCACUUAAAAAAGCUGCUAGUAAGUCCUUAAUCUGAGCUGUAUCGUAAUAUUAUUAAUUAUAAUGUUUCAUUUAGAAUAAUGUCAUGAAGAAGACAAAUGUUCUUAUUGUACAGAGUGAAAAACCAAACUGUAUAAAAAAGGUUGUAGGAAUAAAAACGUGAAAGAGGUUGUAGCUUAUGUCAUAUAAUUGAUAUAAUUAUGUAAUAUAAUACUUAAAUAUAAUUACUGUAUAGUUACAUAACAGGGUUAAAUUAUUAUGUGAAGAUUUAAUGUUAAACUUUCUUUGAGUGUUGUUCCUAUUAGAAUAAAGUUAUUCUGUGAACAUCAGAAAAGAUGAA